CCACCGUGGAACGGGGAAAUUGGAACAAGAAGCUGGCGAAUAAGACUCUGACUUUAGCUUCGUGUAUGAAGGUGCUGACGUUAAUCUAUUAUGAAUAUAUACACAGAUCCAGGAAUGCUGUAACUUACCCAGCGGCAAAGCUUUAGCCAUCACUGUAAAGAAAUAACUACUACAUCAAGUUAAGAUCCUGAAUAGACCGUUAAAGAAAUAACUUUAAUAUAAAGCCAGAGGAAAAACAGUCACAUCAACAGGUUCUCUGAGCUUCACCAACCAGACGGUCUUACCUGCAUCACAUAAGCAUCACACAGACGUGAGCGCGGAUCUCUGCGUUAUAUAAUCCUGUCCCACUUUCUGAGUGCAGUAUUCUUCAAAUAGCAUCUUUAUUAAACUGCUGCUCUUUAGUGGUACUGAGUGCAGCCCAGCACUGAUGUUGACCGCCCCAGAAUGACGUGCCAGGUUGGGCAUCUAACUGUGUAUGUCUAUGACCGGAACAGUAAACUACCGUUUUUAAUUCAGUUGUUUGUUUUGUUUUGCGGGACGAGAAAGGGAAAAAAACAGCAUCAUAUACUUUUACAUCACUUUUGAUUAAUGUUUUGGGGAAAAAUGAAAUAUUUUGAUGUGUUUUGUGUAUUUUAAAGAUGCCUUCAAGUGUCAUGAUGCUGUAUUUUUAUCUUUUCCAUAUUGCUCACCCAUAAUGUCAUGUUUAGAAUUACAGCUACACAGAAUUGUAGUCGCAUGCAAGCUGGCCAGACUUAAUUAAAAAUGCGUGGCAUAAGCCUCGGGUCAUUUUCCACAGUACUACAGAGGUUUUGGGGUUUUUAAAGGUCAUCCUGCUACAUAAGAGAACAUCUGCCAGUGCUUUAGGCAGUGAGUGCUGGAGCUGUGUUUGUACGAACAGUGCUGCACUGUAUUAACGCAUCACCUCAACACUAACAGCCUGUUUUCCUGCUCUGUGCGCUGGACUGAGUUGUGUUUACAGCGAAGAUGCGAUUACUGUGUUUGUAUGAAACGUCAGCGUGUCAUCAAACGUUUUCCCAGCAGAGCGUCCCGUGCGCAGAGACUCCUGCAGCACCAGCACUGAAGAUGAGGAUGGUGGGAUGAAGGUCAGUCCGGCGGUGAGGAGGCGCCGGCUGAGGAGGAGCACGGCUGGCUCUGAGCCAGAGGAGCAGCAGGAGGUUCACGGGGAGAGAGAGGAGGGUGGUGAUGGUGCUGAGGAUGAGGCAGAAGAAUACAGGGAAGCUCAUAUUUUCGCCCCACAGCAGCGGCAGGUCAGCGGGACGCUCAACAAAUGCAUCCUGCUCGCCCUUAUCAUUGCCAUUAGCAUGGGCUUCGGACACUUUUACGGCACGGUGCAGAUACAGGAGAGGCACAGGAUGGUGGGGAAAACCCGUGUGAAUGAAUUGAGCGAGACACGAGAGCUUCAUCAGUGUCGGAGAGAGAAAGAUACUGUCAGCAAGGAUGUGGUUGAAAGUCUGAGAGAAGACCUUGAGGACAAGCAAGACAUGGUGAUGUCCCUGACAGGCAUUAUGGAUAAGAUUACAAAAGAAAACCAGCAUCUCAGAGCCAAAGAGGCUGAACUGCAGGCACAGAGAGAAGAUUUGUUUGAACAGUUUCAACAGGCCAAGACAGAGAUGGAGUCUCGCCAGAAGCACCUUGCUUUGGAGAACCAGGCCCUAAAGAGUUCCCUGGAGCGUGAGGAGGCAUCUCUGUCUGCGCUCCAGGAUGAGUUACGGCACCUCCGUGCUCAGAUCCGCGAGCUUGAGGAGAAAGGAGCUGGCACAGACUCAAUCCUGUCCGAGAACCAGCGCCUGAAGGACCACCUUUUGGAGGAAAAGCAGAGGGUCCGGAGCUUCGUCAAUCAGAAGGAAGCGCUGAUGGCAGAGGCACAGGUACUGCGGAAGGAGCUGGACAAGGAGCGGAAGGUGACGGACAGGCUGAGGGAGGAGCUGGAGGAGUUGAGCCAGAAGGAUUCCGGAGCAGAUGAGGAUCCUGAAACAGAAGAACUCCAGACACGACUUCAGGAACUGGAGAAGAAGCUGAGCUUUGAGCAGCAGCGUUCAGAUCUGUGGGAACGUCUGUAUGUGGAAACAAAGGAAGAGAGAGCCAAAGGAGACAGGCCGAUCAAGGCCAGGAAACCCAAAGAAGGAAUGAUGGGGAAGGUGAAGGAGACAUUUGAUGCAGUGAAGAAUUCCACCAAGGAGUUUGUGCACCACCACAAGGAGCAGAUCAAGAAGGCCAAAGAAGCCGUCAAAGAGAAUCUUAAGAAGUUCUCGGAUUCUGUCAAGUCCACGUUCCGGCACCUUAAGGACUCGGCACUGGACAUGUUUGAGAAGAGCCACCGACCGCAGCAGAAGAGGUCCCAUGAGAGGAAGGAUGCAAAGAUGGAACAGCAGCAAUUCAAGAACGAGGGUUUCAAAGAGCAAGGUAACAAACAUAUGGAAGAUACCCACUGGCAACACCACAGGCCUCUGCACCAACACCCUCGCAAAUCCACAGUGGACUCCUCUUCCUUCCAGGCGGAUCGCAACACGCGUAAAUCGGGUGCCCAGAAGGAGCAAGUAACCAUGGGACAAAGAGAUGUGCCCAAAGGCUGCACCGGUGUGUUCGACUGUGCCUACCAAGAGUCCAUGAGCCUCUUCAACAAAGCCAUGGAGCCAAUAAGAGCAGACGAGUUCAACCAGCUCCUCCAUAGCUACCUCCAGCAAGAAGUGGGCCAUUUCCACCACUGGAGGGAGCUGGAGAGCUUUAUCAAUAAUUUCUUCCACAAUGGACUCUUUAUUCAUGACCAGAUGCUGUUCACAGACUUUGUCAGCGGUGUCGAAGACUACCUGGAGGAUAUGGAUGAGUACCAGGGUGGAGAUGAUGAAGUUUUUGAAGAUCUGGAUGAUUACAUAUACAGGCACUUCUUUGGGGAUACAUAUUUAAAACGAUACGGCCCAAGUCGACCCUUGGAAGGGCCGGGGUCUAAGGUCAAAGCGGAGCAGGCGUGCCAGCGGCAGCAGCGAAAGCACCAACAUUCGCGCCCACUGCACCCGCGGGACAGGAAAUGGGCCCGUUCGGGACGCAGCUCCGACAGACACUUUGCCGACGUCAAAAUAGAGCUGGGGCCCAUGCCGUUCGAUCCCAAAUACUAGCACACCAUGCAGAGUUUAGUUGUUUCUAUUGUAGCUCCUAAAGUGAUCCUACUGCAAAGGGGUUUUUUUUUAUUAAUAAAAGAAUUUGCUCCUCAGUUUUUGUGAUUUUGCACAAAUGUAAAUGCUGGUUGAACGUGCUCCCUAUGUGUCACUGGUUUGUGGUCACCUGUCGCUAGGUCCGAAUACAGGCAGUAGUCAGUGUCGCUUUGUCAAAGCUUUCUUAGACGGGUCUGCGGAGAGAAGUUUGUUAACUAACAAGUUCAUUGUAAGGCAGAUUUUUGUUCUGGCUCUCCUUGUUAGAAGUCAUUUUUGCCAGUUUGCUGUAUGAAUCGUACUCGUAUGUUUGAGAGGGCACGUAAUUUAAAGUACGCACUUUUUGAUUAAGAGAGGAAAGAAAACACUGAAAAUCAUAAUAGUGAUCCAAUUGGGCUACUUAAUAGCAGGUAAUCUGCAUGUCAAGGACUGAUAAUCAGCUGAAAAAGACAAUAUUCCAUUUUCGCAAGGACCAAAUAAGCACUUAGAAUUUCUUCUACUGAAAUUUCAGCUGUAAAAUUCCUCCGCGGUAACAUCGGGAACCUUCGCAUUGAAUCAUUUCCGGAGAUACCUUCCUUUGGUGUGUCGUUCGGUGUGCAUUGGUUUUCUUACUGCUGCUAAAUGUCAACACUGAUUAGAAUUUACCUGCUAGAAAUAAUACAGAGGCGUGAAAUAUUGAAAUUGCCAUCUUGGGUGCAAUUUUUUGUUUUUUUUUGUGCGCUUGUAAUGUCAAGUAACAUUCCAGUUGAAGCUGUGUUUCCUGAAAAUUCUGCAAAAUGUAAUUAUUUUUUGUUUGCUGUCGCGCUAAUCAUUAUGCACGAAAGUCCCUAGAAUAAAAACUCAAGAUUAAAAACUGAA